GUUUUUUUUCCCCGAUGUUAUAUAGUGCUUUGAUUUAUAUAUUUUCUUCUUUUUUUUUGUUCCCAUUGUAAAUAUUCCUAUGUAUAAUUGUACAGUGCUGAUGUAAAUAGACCUUUUUUGUUGAACAUGUCCUGUUUUGGAUGUGUGUUCGGAUGCUUCAAAUGUUUGCUUGACAAAUGCAUCAAAUUCUGGAAGAAGUUGUUUGGAUUUGGAAAGUCAAAGCAAAGGACACGAAUCUUGGCAGAGAAGUGCACCCAGACAAUGAGUCCUCCCCAGUUGAAGGUCUCGGGGAGGGAGAACCUAAGGGUGGGGUUUUGUGAUAAUCUUCAUCUCCCAUGUUGUGGGAGGGACAAAGUGAUACAGACAUUUUGUGACAGGAGUUGUGUCCCUGCUCAUUAUGUUAACCACAGGCACAGGAGGAAAAGGGCCAGAAGGAGAGUCUCCCCUGUCAACAGCCCCUUCCAGAUCCCCAAUAUUUCCUCCAGUAACAACAACCUCCUCCUGAACGGCUUUGAUGACUUCAUCGCAGGAGACGUGUCCUCCACCGAGUGUCCUGAAACAUCUGAAGCGAGUGCAUACACUUACAAUGAAUAUGAUACCAACACAGAUGAAGAUGGACACGGACAGGGAAUACUUAUAGAUUUGUCCACACCAGAGCCCGUCCGCCGAAAUCUACAUCCUACACCUAAUGGAAGAUUAGACUUCACAGAUGAGGAGAAUUAUGAGGACUUUGGUGAGGUUGAUGACAUUGAGUCAGACAUGUCUGAUCCAUCACAGAACAGUCAAAGGUCCAGAGUGACGACGUCUGCUGCGUACGCAAGCCAACUUCAAAAUAAAUCACGGACGGAACCAGGUGAUGAGAUAUUGGACGAUAUCGACGGGAAUUUCCAGACCCUCAACGACAGGGUGCAAUUUUUAGAGAAAAAGUUGGUCCAAAUAUCUGAAGAGAAGUCGUCAGUCAACACUAGUCAUUCAAAACUCAAAGAUGAAAACAGUCACCUCAUGGAAAGAAUUCAUUCAUUAGAGGAACAGUUAAAAGAUGUUGAGGUGAAAUCGAAGGAGACACUUGCCGAGGAACAGAAAAAAUUUAAACAAAUGCUGUCACGGGCAGAAACAGAGAAAGCUGAACAGAUGUACAUAGCUCAAAGAUUGCAGAGUAUAGAAAAAGAAUAUGAGGUGCUAAAAAUAGAAAAUCCCAGACUCAGGCUAGAAAUAGACAAAUUAAGAGUGGAGAAGUUAGACUUGCAGGAUAAACUGACGGACGUACAGGCCGAGUAUAACGCUGUAUACAGCGAACAUGAGGAACUUAAACAAAAGUUUGAGAAAGAAAGACAGUGCACCGGAACACUUCUAGAUGAGUUAGGAAAAGAGUUGGAAGAAUUACGGAAAUACAAGAUUGAUCAUGAGCUGAAUCAGUCCCCACGACCCAGGAAUAACAGCAUGGCCGACUUACCUGGUCGAUACCAGGCUCUCAACUCAGAGGUCAAUAGGUUAAAGGAAGAAAACAAACAACUUCAGGACAUGAACGAAGACCUGAACGCUCAGUUGUUGACCCGGUGCAUCAACGAGGGGAAGACCUUGGUCAACGACACCAAAGCAAAGUCUCUUGCCACGGAGCUGGAACACUUAACUAAAGAAGAGCUUAUGGCAAAACUUCAAGAAGUUGAGUGUGUGAACAUUAAUUUGAAAUCUUAUGUAGACAAAAUUAUUCUCACCAUUCUGGAGAAAAAUCCCUCCAUAUUGGAGAUUACAAAUCGAUAUUGUAUUUUGUUUCAGUGUCUUGACCAUGGGUUUCCAAGCAAGCCAUCAUGUAUGGCUUACGACCCAAAGCUGAAAUUGCUAGCCAUUGGGACGAAAACAGGCAGAAUCAAGAUACUCGGUGCUCCAGGUGUGGAAUGGUCCGUGGAAUUGAGAUCGGACGUUUCCGUCAACCAGCUCUUCUUUCUACCAGAACAGGGUCGCUUGUUGUCCCUGUGCAGUGACAACACUGUGUACUUAUGGGAAAUCAACCAAAAAGGCGAGAAGUCGGUGCUGGAGCAGAAGAGGGAAUACACCUUCAGUGUGGAUGAAAGUCGUAUGAAGGGCAUCUCAGUGUGCUGUCUGACCAACAACUGUGAACAGCUGCUGAUAGGGACAGAGAUAGGAAACAUCUACAUCCUCGACCUGAACAGCUUCAAACUCCUCGACCAAAUCAUCUACCAGGAUGUGGUCAUGCAGAAUGUUCCGGACGAUUUUAAAGUUAAUCCAGGUGCAGUCGAGGCCUUGGCAGUGCAUCCAACAGAUCCAGACAAGUUUUUAAUUGGAUACAACAGAGGAUUGAUUGUAUUAUGGGACAAUGAAGCAAGCAAUGCCGACCAGACCUAUAACUCUACACAGCAACUGGAGUCCUUAUCUUGGCACAGGAAUGGUACUGAGUUCAUGAGCGCGCACAAUGAUGGCAGCUACAUUAUAUGGAGCAGUACAAACUCGGCUGAGCCCAAGGAUCCCGCACUCACUCCUUAUGGUCCAUUCCCUUGCAAGGCCAUCAGCAAAAUUGACUGGAAAACAGCAAAACUGGACCCUUUCAUCAUCUUUGCUGGGGGAAUGCCCAGGGCUAGCUACGGAGACAGACACACAGUUACUAUCAUGCAGGGCGCCAACAAUAUUCACACUGUUCUGGACUUCACCUCUAAAGUGGUGGAUUUUAUCACCAUCUCCAGGGCUGAUGAGGCAGAGGAUGAAAUGGAGAUGGAUGAGCCCCACACCUUGGUGGUUCUAGCAGAAGAGGAGCUGGUGUUGAUUGACCUGGAGACCCAGGGCUGGCCCGCCUACGCCCUCCCCUACCUGAACAGUCUUCACUGCUCGCCAAUCACCUGCUCACAGCACGUCAGCAACGUCCCCGACAACCUGUGGCAGAAAAUCGCCGACGCUGGACAGGCACAGAACAAGAACUUGUCAUCUAGGGAAUGGCCUAUUAAUGGUGGGAAAAUAGCAGGAGCCGAAUCUUUGACAAAAGACUUGUUGCUAACUGGGCAUGAGGAUGGCACGGUUCGUUUCUGGGAUGCCUCCAGCACCUCUAUGUCACUUCUGUACAAACUGUCCACUGCUAGUCUCUUUAAUGUUGAAAUUCAUGGUGAUCACAACAGUGGAGAAGUGGAGGAGGAAUGGCCACCUUUCAGAAAGGUGGGUAACUACGACCCUUACAGUGAUGACCCUCGCCUUGGAAUUCAGAAGAUUGCCCUGUGCCCCCUGAGCGAGACCCUGGUGGUGGCUGGUACCGCUGGUCAGGUGGUGGUGAUGCGAGCAGAGCGUGACGACCGGGAGCUAGAGGUCAGCUCCACCACUGUCAGUGUAGUCAGUGACCGUGACGGGUUCGUCUGGAAAGGUCACGAAGCUUUGGGUAAGAGAGAGGGAGAGGUGACUUUUCCUGCAGGAUUCCAGCCAGUCGCAGUCAUGCAGAUCAGUCCCCCAGCAGCCUGUACAGCACUGGCUUUCCACUCAGAAUGGCAACUAGUGGCAGCUGGUACAGCACAUGGAUUUGGCCUGUUUGAUUAUGCUCAGAAGAAAGAGGUGACUUCAAGAUGUACUCUGAAUCCUGAUGACUUGACGGGAACAUCAGACACCCCUAUUUCUAGAAGAAAAAGUUUUAAGAAGUCACUUAGGGAAUCUUUUAGACGUUUACGUAGGAGGCGUUCAGAGAGAAGGAAAGCAGCCGAAGAAAAAACUAAGGAACAGAAAAAAGGUGAUGACAAAUCUGAAGGCAUAGAGGAGAAAGCUUCUCCCAUCAAGACCUCCCCUCCUGCUUCCCCUGAGUCCCGCCCAGUAGAGCGACAGGUAGAGGCCCGCAAUCCCGAGGAUUCCAUCAGUUCCAUGGUCAGAUGCCUGUACUUUGCUACUACCUAUAUCUCAGAUGUUUCAAACACAACUUCCUCCUUGUGGGUUGGAACCAAUGGUGGCCAUGUGUACAUCUACACAGUCACCGUUCCCCAAGAGAAGCGGUCAGAGAACGAGGUAGCAGCCGUUCUGGCCAAGGAAAUCAAGCUGAGACACAAAGCCCCUGUCAUGUCUAUUGCUGUGGUGGACGGUAGGACCAAGAUUCUGCCUGAUCCACUGGAAGUGCAGCAUGCCAGAGCCAAGGAGCCUCAGGGCAAUAACCACUCUGUUGUCAUUUGCUCAGAAGAGCAGCUCAAGAUCUUCACAUUGCCACAUCUGAAGGCCAAGUGGAAGUACAAGAUCACUGCUGUGAACGGAUCUAGAAUUAGAAAAGUAGCUUUUAUCAAUUUUAGGAGUAGAAGUGAUGACAAUUACAGUGAGUGUAACAUAGCCUGCUUAAAUAACCAAGGUGAACUUAGUGUUUAUUCUGUGUCCACACUUAGACAACAGUUAGAAGCUUCCUGCUUAAGGAGAGAAGAUAUCAAUGGCAUUUCAUCAUUCACAUUUUCCAAGAAUGGACAAGGGUUUUACCUACAAUCUGCUUCUGAGUAUGCUAGAGUGACUCUAUCAGCAAGAUGCGCCACUGAACCAACAUGUAGCCUGGAACUCAAAGAAGGAAUGCGAGUUGUGGUGGAAGACGAGCCCGAGCCAGAAACUCAGGAAGCUGCUCAAACGGAAGGCAACACUGAGACCGAGGCGGCCCAGACUAGCGGUGGGGACAAUGCGGAGGGUUUGAACGAUUCUGUUCUCAAUGACUCCCAGGCCAACACCACCAUGGAAGGGGAGAUUACUCAAGAUAGUGUACAAAUCAUGCAGCAUACAGAGGAAGUAUCGACGUCCACCGAGACAACCAGGACAGCCUCAGUGCAGGAGACGACAACCACAGUGAUUUCAGGAGACAACCUGGAAAACUCAACGGUGACAACAACGGUCACCGAGUCAUCGCAGCAGGUGACCUCUAGUGGGGACGCCCCCAUCACUGGCAAUAAUGAGGAAAGCAAAGUCCCAACCCCUGAGACACAGAUAAUUGAGAAGACAGAGGAAGAGUUGACAAAGCUGAAGAUUUCCGAUGAAGAUGAGGCAUUGAACAAGAAACGAGGACUGGAGACUACAGCAGAAAUCCAAGCAACCGUGACGGCCAGCUAAAGCACAGACAGCUGGAGUCAGUCCGGGGGAGGGGGGACUCUAGGGGGUAGUAACCCCAGAUCCCUGCCCCUCCAGAACUGGUUUUUGAUGUCAUUUAGUGUGUGUAGCCAUGUUGUGUAUAAGGGUUGUGCAAUGCUGUAUGGCAAUCAGUUCAUUGGUCAGUGGGAACAGGAGUACUCUAAGAGACUAACCCCGAGUCUUGUAUUAGCAUAAUUAUUGUCCUAGUAGGCUGUGUUUUAUAUACAUGUAUGUGUACGACUAAUGUGGUUCUAUCAUGUAACAUCCUUACAAUUUACAGUUUAUUUAUAUCAUGUACAACUGAGUUUAAUGAAAUUUUAAAAAAGUUUGUAAUGACUUAAUCCACAUAGAUUUCUGAAUUUAUAUUCUAGUGUAAUUUUCAUACCAAAAAAGUAUUAAAUUGUAGUAGUAUCUAAUUAUAUAUUUAUAUAUGCUGUGCAGAUGAAUUAAUGAUUCUAAUUCUUGAACUGAUUUUCAACAAGAUAAUAUGCCUAUGCAUUAUAAUAAACGAUAGAAAGAGAACAAUUGAAGAAAGAUAACUCCAAAAUGAAGCAUUCCUGAUAGUAGAAGACGAACCAUAAUUACAGAACUGUAAAUAUUAUGCUUGUAAGACUGGCAUCUAGAACAUUUUUAAAUUGUGUUUUUUGAAAACCAAUAGCUUUAACUUUUAGGGGAUAUUUUUUUAAUUGAAUUUUUUUUAUAUACCUUUGGGUUGUGGUGUAGAUGAUUUGUGUCUGUGUUGGGAAAAUAGAAGGAAGUUAAUGUAGAAAUAAAUAGAACUUUAUCCAUUGUCACCUGAAUUUACUGGGUCAUUGUAUCACUUAGGAGUCUGCUGUAUGUGUUAUUGCUGUAGUGACGUAGAGGCCUGUUGAUGUCAGUAGAGAAUCAUCCAAUCACUGUUCUUCUUCUUCUUCUCCAGUGUCCAGGUCUUGUCAGGAAUUCCACUGUCCGCGGGACACACACAUUUCUGCUUGAAUUAGGUUGUGCAAUUUCAGACAUUUAUCAUUAUCAAAGCUUCCGUGAUAUGGACUUGCCUUUCAAAUUUUGUUUUCAAUGUGCCUAAGUUGCAAUAAAUUAAUGUCUGAAUAAA